CUCCCAAGUCCCGCUCCUGCCGGAGCCUUGGGAAAUGGGAGGGAAGGAGGCGGCGGGGUCGAGUCGUCUGUCCUGGGUCUGCACCCCGCACUGGCGGGUGCGCGCGGACUUCGCUCCUGGCGCGGCGGGGACAGUGCUUGGGACACGUGGGGGCUACGUUCCUGUCUCCCCCGGUGAUGAGCUUAGUUCUGCCCGGAGCAGGCGUGCUGGCCUCCCCGACCCACAGGAUGGUAGAACCGGGGCAAGAUUUGCUGCUUGCUGCUUUGAGUGAGAGUGGAAUUAGCCCGAAUGACCUCUUUGAUAUCGAUGGGGAUGUGGGCUUUGCAACUCCAACCCCAACCCCUGCACUUCAGCAGUCGGUGCCACUUGGUGCAUUAGAACUAGGUUUGGAGGCAGAAGCCACAGUUACUGUUAAACAAGAAACAGAGAUGGUACCCACUCCUGCGCUGUUAAAUGUGAGGCAGCAGCCUCCAUCUACUACAACAUUUGUGUUGAAUCAAAUAAAUCAACUUCCAACCCUGGGAUCUACAAUUGUAAUGACUAAAACACCACCUGUAACAACUAACAGGCAGACCAUCACUUUAACAAAAUUUAUCCAGACUACUGCAAACACCCACCCUUCGGUCUCAGCACCAGCAUUGCGGAACACCGUGACCUCUGCACCUUCGAAAGACCAGGUUCAGCUAAAGGAUCUACUAAAAAAUAAUAGCCUGAAUGAACUCAUGAAGCUGAAGCCACCUGCUAAUAUUGCUCAGCCAGUUGCAACUGCAGCUACUGAUGUAAGCAAUGGUACAGUGAAGAAAGAGUCUUCUAAUAAAGAAGUAGCAAGAAUAUGGAUAAAUGACAUGAAAAUGAGGAGUUUUUCCCCAACAAUGAAGGUUCCUGUUGUAAAAGAGGAAGAUGAGCCAGAGGAAGAAGAUGAAGAAGAAAUGGGCCAUGCUGAAACCUAUGCAGAGUAUAUGCCAAUAAAAUUAAAAAUUGGCCUGCGUCAUCCAGAUGCUGUAGUGGAAACUAGCUCUUUAUCCAGUGUCACUCCUCCUGAUGUUUGGUAUAAAACGUCCAUCUCUGAAGAGACCAUUGACAGUGGCUGGUUAUCAGCAUUGCAACUUGAGGCAAUUACAUAUGCAGCCCAGCAACAUGAAACAUUCCUACCUAAUGGAGAUCGUGCUGGCUUCUUAAUUGGUGAUGGUGCUGGUGUAGGGAAAGGCAGGACAAUAGCAGGAAUCAUCUAUGAAAAUUAUUUGUUGAGUAGGAAGAGAGCAUUGUGGUUCAGUGUUUCCAAUGACUUAAAGUAUGAUGCUGAAAGAGAUUUGAGGGAUAUUGGAGCAAAAAACAUUUUGGUCCACUCAUUAAAUAAGUUCAAAUACGGAAAAAUUUCUUCCAAACAUAAUGGGAGUGUGAAAAAGGGUGUUAUUUUUGCUACGUAUUCCUCCCUUAUUGGUGAAAGCCAGUCUGGUGGUAAAUAUAAAACUAGGUUGAAACAACUUCUGCAUUGGUGUGGUGACGACUUCGAUGGAGUGAUAGUGUUUGAUGAGUGUCAUAAAGCAAAAAACUUAUGUCCUGUUGGUUCUUCAAAACCCACCAAGACAGGCUUAGCAGUUUUGGAGCUUCAGAACAAAUUGCCAAAGGCCAGAGUUGUUUAUGCGAGUGCCACUGGUGCUUCGGAACCACGCAACAUGGCCUAUAUGAACCGCCUUGGAAUCUGGGGUGAGGGGACUCCAUUUAGAGAAUUCAGUGAUUUUAUUCAAGCGGUGGAGCGCAGAGGUGUCGGUGCCAUGGAAAUAGUUGCUAUGGAUAUGAAGCUUAGAGGAAUGUACAUUGCCCGACAGCUAAGUUUUACUGGAGUGACCUUCAAAAUUGAGGAAGUUCUUCUUUCUCAGAACUAUGUUAAAAUGUAUAACAAAGCAGUGAAGCUGUGGGUCAUCGCCAGAGAGCGGUUUCAGCAGGCUGCAGACCUGAUUGAUGCUGAGCAGCGAAUGAAGAAGUCCAUGUGGGGUCAGUUUUGGUCUGCACACCAGAGGUUUUUUAAGUACCUGUGCAUAGCAUCCAAAGUUAAGAGGGUUGUGCAGCUGGCCCGGGAAGAAAUCAAGAAUGGGAAAUGUGUUGUAAUUGGUCUGCAGUCUACAGGAGAAGCUAGAACAUUAGAAGCAUUGGAAGAGGGUGGAGGAGAAUUGAAUGAUUUUGUUUCAACUGCCAAAGGAGUGUUGCAGUCACUCAUUGAAAAACACUUCCCUGCUCCAGACAGGAAAAAACUAUAUAGUUUGCUGGGAAUCGAUUUGACAGCUCCAAGUAACAACAGUUCACCAAGAGAUAGCCCUUGUAAAGAAAAUAAAAUGAAGAAACGGAAAGGUGAAGAAAUAACUCGAGAAGCCAAAAAAGCACGAAAAGUUGGUGGCCUCGCAGGUAGCAGUUCUGAUGAGAGUGGGAGUGAGUCUGAUGCCUCUGACAUUGAGGAAAGUGACUAUGAGAGCUCUAAAAACAUGAGCUCUGGUGAUGAUGACGAUUUCAACCCCUUUCGAGACGAAUCUAGCGAGGAUGAUGAAGACGAUCCUUGGCUAAUCAGAAAAGACCAUAAGAAAAACAAAGAUAAAAAAAAGAAGAAAAGUAUAGAUCCAGAUUCUAUUCAAAGUGCCUUAUUAGCAUCAGGUCUCGGAUCAAAACGACCUAGUUUUUCAUCUACACCAGUCAUCUCACCUGCUCCUAACAGUGCACCAGCUAAUAGUAAUGUCAGCAGUAACAGCAACCUUAUAACAAGUCAGGAUGCUGUGGAGAGGGCCCAGCAGAUGAAGAAAGACCUACUUGAGAAACUAGAAAAGUUAGCUGAAGACCUCCCUCCCAAUACCCUGGAUGAACUUAUCGACGAGCUGGGUGGCCCUGAGAACGUUGCUGAGAUGACUGGCCGCAAGGGGCGUGUUGUGAGCAACGACGACGGAAGUAUAUCUUAUGAAUCAAGGUCUGAACUUGAUGUGCCAGUGGAGAUACUAAACAUUACAGAAAAACAAAGGUUUAUGGAUGGAGAUAAGAAUAUUGCUAUCAUCUCAGAAGCUGCCAGCUCUGGUAUUUCAUUACAAGCAGAUCGCCGAGCUAAAAAUCAAAGGCGAAGAGUUCAUAUGACUCUGGAAUUACCCUGGAGUGCUGAUAGAGCAAUUCAACAGUUUGGAAGAACUCACAGAUCAAACCAAGUGACUGCUCCCGAGUAUGUCUUUCUGAUUUCUGAACUGGCAGGAGAACAAAGAUUUGCCUCCAUUGUUGCCAAAAGACUUGAAAGCCUGGGGGCGCUUACCCACGGUGACAGAAGAGCAACAGAGUCUCGGGAUCUGAGCAGAUUCAACUUUGACAAUAAGUAUGGAAGAAAUGCUUUAGAAAUUGUUAUGAAAUCCAUUGUAAAUUUGGAUUCUCCUAUGGUAUCACCACCUCCAGACUAUCCUGGAGAAUUCUUCAAAGAUGUUCAACAAGGACUGAUAGGUGUGGGACUGAUCAAUGUAGAAGAUCGCUCAGGAAUUCUUACUCUUGAUAAAGACUACAACAACAUAGGAAAGUUCUUAAAUAGAAUUCUGGGCAUGGAAGUGCAUCAGCAGAAUGCAUUAUUUCAGUAUUUUGCGGACACACUUACUGCAGUUGUUCAGAAUGCCAAAAAAAAUGGACGAUACGACAUGGGAAUCCUAGAUCUUGGUUCUGGAGAUGAGAAGGUGAGGAAAAGUGAUGUUAAGAAGUUCCUGACUCCAGGCUAUUCAACCUCUGGCCAUGUAGAGUUAUACACUAUCAGUGUAGAGAGGGGGAUGUCCUGGGAGGAAGCGACCAAGAUCUGGGCUGAACUGACAGGACCAGAUGAUGGCUUCUAUUUGUCAUUGCAAGUACGGCUUCCCUUAAAUGUUAAUCAUGAAGAUUGUACGUGCUUUUUUACCAUAAGGAACAACAAGAAAACUGCCAUCUUAGUUAAAGAAGUAAACCCUAAAAAGAAACUUUUCUUAGUUUAUCGACCAAAUACUGGGAAGCAGCUCAAAUUAGAAAUUUAUGCUGAUCUCAAAAAGAAGUAUAAGAAGGUAGUCUCAGAUGAUGCCCUUGUGCACUGGUUAGACCAGUAUAAUUCAUCUGCAGAUACUUGUACUCAUGCUUAUUGGCGUGGCAAUUGCAAAAAAGCAAGCUUGGGAUUAGUCUGUGAGAUCGGUCUUCGCUGCCGCACGUAUUACGUCUUAUGUGGCUCAGUCCUGAGUGUGUGGACAAAAGUAGAGGGUGUGCUUGCCUCUGUCAGUGGCACGAACGUGAAAAUGCAGAUAGUUCGGCUAAGGACAGAAGAUGGACAGCGGAUUGUAGGCUUGAUCAUUCCGGCAAAUUGUGUGUCUCCUCUCGUAAAUCUCCUGUCAACGUCAGACCAGUCUCAGCAGCUUGCGGUCCAGCAGAAACAGCUGUGGCAGCAGCAUCACCCACAGAGCAUCGCCAACUUGAGCAACACCUGAAGGACAGACAGGUUUCAGCACGGGUGUGUCUGAGAUGCUGUGGGAGCGUAUCAUUUGCAUAAAAAUCAGGGACAGUUUCCAAAGAAUUAUAUAUUUUUUCGGUUGUGCUCUUUAGUUAAUUUUUUGGGGAAUAAGGACAAACCUGGAAUAGGUAGCAAAACUGAAAAUCAGCAGUGCCGAUGGUAGUAUAUGUGUCUUUCCUUUCGCCUCCCUGGGGCUUCCUGUACGCUUCUAUUUGGGUGAGCAGAGGGGGAUACACGCACACACGCGCGUAUGUGUGUGUAUGUGUAUGUGCGCGUGUGCGUCGGUCUGUGUGUUAAAGGCUACAAACCACAUUUGGUUUAAAAUGCUUGGAACUUCCCAAACUGGCUUUACUUUUCUGUUAUACAGUGCUCAGGGUUAAUGCAGUACAUUCAUGUCAUUGCUGGGGGAGCGAUCCCCAGAUGCAUGUCUUGAGUCUAUAAAUAUAGAAAAUAUAUAUUGAUUUGUUUUUUCCAGCUUAAAGAAUAGGUUUACUAAAGCAUGAAAUGAAGACUGCAUAUCAUGCAUCCAGGUUCUUUUGUAGUUUUUGUUCUGACAGUGCAUGUCUUUGAAAGCAUGCGUAAACAAGGUUAACACAGAAGCCAAGUAUUGGAGAGAAGAUUUGUAGUUGUACAGCAUUGGUUAUUGCAUUUUUAUAGUGUUUAUACCUGGGUAUUGCUUCCAGCCCUGCAGACCCUUCCCCUCUCUCUUCCCCACCCCAGGAUUCUGUCAUGGUAACGAGUACAUACUGUUUUGUAAUAAAACUCUUCAAUGUUAAUUUUAAUGUAUUAAUAGUAUUCCCAAAGUGUGCUGCAAAAAUGGCUAUAAGCCUGUUUUUCUUAAAAGUUACAUUUUCCUUAACUUAAAGAUAGUUUUAGAAGUACAGUUGGCUUCCAUCUUACAAACACUCUGGUUUUACUUCAUUUCAUUAUCUGAAGUUUUUGUCUCACAAACAGAAAACCGUACUUGAGUUGUAAACUAGAAAUGAGGAAACACUUGAGGCUUCUGCUGUAUGUUUUUUUGUUGUUAUUGUUGUUGUUACCCAGUAACUUGAAUAUUGUUUCAUGUGUUGUAAGACAUUGUAGAGUUUACCUAAAGCUGUUAAAAAUGGUAAUGUACAAAUGUGAAUAGACACUUAUCUAUAACAUGGGUAAGUUUUGUUUCGCCUAUAAUAGAUGUUUAUAAAAACAAGUGAGGGACAUUUGGUCUUUUUUUUUUUCUUUGCUUGCACAGGUUGCACUAUUAAAAUUGAGAUUGUAUAAACCUGGUCAAAAACUGCAAGGUACCAAAAGCUUGUAGGUGUUAAAUAAAAAGUUGUCAUCCUAACGAAGUGGACUCGUGCUUAGGCCCUACUGGGGGACUUCAGUGGUAGCCUGGAGGGGACUCUGCAGGACUUGGUGGGGCCUCAGGUUCCAAGGAGCCAUAGAGUCUGGCUUAAAACCUGCUCCUAAAUUCUGAGGUGGUGUUGAGGAAGGGUAAAAUGAUAGACUUCUGACUGUUUUUCAGCUUGAAUUGUUCCCUUUGUAACUUUUUAAACUUCUCAAAGAAUUAGGGAAGAUGUCUAUUAAGGGAUAGAAACCUGAUCCAAAUUUAGGUUUUUGAUCCUUUUGUGUUUGUUUCACCCUGACUUUGGUGAAGUUUAUUGUGUUUUCUUUGGAUUUAUUUUUUUCUUAGUGCCUAACAGAACAAGUUGAGAAUAGUUUCUGUUCCUGAGCAUGUUUUGCCCAGUGGAUGCAGCUGUUAUGUCCAGUCCAGUCAGUGAAUCUCAGGCAGUGAUCCUUAACAUCUCCCAGCGUCCCUCGUCAGGACCACUAACUAGCUCCCGCUACAGCCAGAGCCUCCCAGUUAAUGCUUGUGUGGAAACGUGUCCUGCCAGUGACCUUUCAUCAUGUUAAGGUGAAGCCGAACUGGCAAGGGAGUCAUGGAAAGCUGCUCCUGGUGAGACCCAGUGGUGGGGUCAGCACAGAUCCUCCUAGGCCGUUGGCCCAGCUCCCCUUCCUGUGUGUGAAGGGUCUCUGUCUAGCAGGCUCUGGUUCCCUCAGCCCAGGCCACACUGUCAUGUUUGCACUUAGUAUGAAGGGGCUAAGUGUGCGGUCUUUGUAGGAAUGAGGUGCCUGAGAGCCCUUUCAAAGCAGACUUUGAAAAGGUGAGCAGUGUGAUGGGCAGCAGCUGGGGGCCGCAUGCCUACACCCAAGGUGGUGCGUGUGUGGUGCCCAGGGCCAGGGCCUGCCCCUCCAGAGCAAAUAACCCACGUCUGCAUUGUGCCCCUGUGAAAGUCAGCAAGUCUGCGUUAGCCGCCGGGGCAGCCCCAGCACAGGGGCCACUUCGUGAGAAGCCCGGUUCUUGACAGCUGCCAGCUUGUGUGGAACAGGUCCAUCCUCUGCAGGAUCUAGAUGCCACCGCUCCACUCAGAGGCCUUCUUAGCUUAGCAGGAGUCCACGCAACCUCUGCUAUGCCUUUCCUCCCUCUUUAGCAAUAUGGCUCUGAGCCUGCACAUUUGGUUGUAAAUUAUGCUUGUUUUCAGGGUGUACGGUGCUGAUUGUCCUGAAAACCACUUGUGAGUCCAGAGCUGCUCAGACAUCCCACUGGCCAUUAGUGUCCCCUCACCAGCAGCCUCCCUCCAUAAAAGUGUUGAAGUGUUUCUUUAAACACAGUUUGAUCAAAAGUAGGUAGGCUAAGCAGUUUUUUCUUUUGGCUACUAAAUUGUGCUACACUCUUUGGUAUCUUCUCUCCACUGUGUAUACGAAUUAGCAAGAACCUGCAUCCAAAGCACUAUAGUAGGCUGUGUUUGUAUAUGUGUAUGUGUGUGUGUAUAUAUCUAUCUUAUCUAUCUAUAUAUAUAUAUAUAUAUUUAUAUUUAUUCUGGGUUAAUUAGUACUUCACGAGUCAUUUUGAGUUGCAACAAAAACUCUUUUUAGUUUUAGUUUGCUCUGUCUGCAGAGGCAAAAGUUAUAGCUGACCAAACUCUUUGGGGUUAUAUUUUUGGCCUUAGCCCGUGGAACAUUCACUUGUCAGUCUCCAUGUGAUGCUCUUCGAAGGACUUCUGACAGCAGGAGAAAGAAGAUAGCAGGACUCUGUCCUGUUGUGUAGUCACAGCAUUGUAUACCGUCCUUCUACUUCCCAGUUUAGCAUGGAAAAAAAGUCAGGAGAUUAGGGAUUAUUUCUGUGUCUCAGUUUAGGAAAGCAGGGGCAGAAGUUUCCUUUCCGUCCUCUUCUUAGUAAGUUAUUAAAAAUCAGGGCCUUAAUCCAGUUACUUUCACUUUAAAAAUGUCCAUGAGUGGUACUGGGCAGCUCUGAGAAGGGUGCUGGGGAAGCCGCUGCUGCACAGAGACCCGGAUGCCCCCGCAGCACAGUGGACUGUCCCUCCCUGGGCCUGUGGCCUCUCUGGCUCCCAGCACACGUGUGUAUACGCCCAUGUGCUCAGAGGUCGCAGGCAUUCCAUGUCGGCUGCAGCGGGAACACAGUCCAUUCGCAGAAGAGCACCUCACUUGAGGCCAGUUGUCAGAAGUGUGGUGUGUUUUCAUUGAGUAAACCACGCGUAGAUACCUGCAGCUCAAACUAGCUAGCAACUUUCCUGCGUUAUGUUGGUGAAAUCUGGAACCUACUUUCUAAUUGUAUGCUGUACUUAUAUAUAUGUACAUUAAUAAUGUAUAUAGAGAAAUGUAAGUUCUUUUGAAUUCUGAAUGUAAAUAUUUCUUGUAAAUUGGGACCCCUCCCACUUAUUUGUCCCUUUUCCCUUACUCCUAUUUAUUCUUCUCUUAACAUCCAUAUGGGGUGUUUCACUACUUUUUGUUUUCCUGCUUAUGAAAGUAUGGAAACUUAGUUGAGUUUGUUCUGAGCUCUCAGUUUCACAUCUUUGCUGUACAGUUCCUGUCUGUUCAACAUGCUUGAUUAUGCGCUGCAUUUUUAUCACAGUCUCGUCUGUGUGCGAGAUGUCGUAUUGAAGGAGUGCACUGGAGUGCCUGUCUGUGACUGGUGGGGAUGUUCAGUGCAUUAUGUUGUUCUCUGGAAGCCGCAGUGAGUCCGACAUUUUCUUUCCCUUUUGUUGGGCCUCCCAAGACUUCAUUAAGCUCCUGUAACUUCUUCAGUGCGUUAGGGAUCAAACUUACCUCUUUAGGAAACCUGACUUGCUCCUUCCCUUGCAGUUUUUCAGGCCUGCACCAAAUCUCAGGUUGGAUUUUCCAAUAAGCGUGUCAUUGUGCAGAUUAGAAACUUUGAAUCACUUUUCACAGCCCGCUGCUGCAAAUGCCUCAAGAAGUUGAGCCUGUACCUUUAACUCACAUAUAACAAUCACAAGUUUAUUUUGCAGCAGAUGCAGGUAAUUAGUCUGCUUUGGCUGUAACUUGUUAAGGAUAUUUAUAGCAGAUUCCCAGUCGGUGACAGACAGGUGACAUUGGAGAAGGUGUAUGCUGUAGGCCACUCUUAGCACCAGGCUGGCUCUGCUGGAGGUUGUUGUGGGCACUUAGUGCUGAGGACCGGCCCUGGGUCCCCUGAGCCCCACCCUCCUCCCUGUGCUGAGAAGUCUUGGCAGAACCAGCCAGGAAGCAGAUUGAGUCAGAAAGUGGCCUUCUGAGUUGUUAGCAGUAGGGAAUGGUGGCAACACCCAGGAGGAAAGCAUCGGUUUGUUGUUUGUAGCUUUGGCACCUUUAAGAAAAUCUCUCUCUAUAAUUUUCCCAGAAUGACUUGUGAGCAUUUCUUGGGCCUUUGAUUCAUGAACUAGUUCUGUUCAUUAUCAUUCAAACUGGGACACUUGGUGAAACUUUCAAAGUGACCUGCCUUCGGGUAAGUCUCAGGAACUCCAUUUGCCAUGACCCAGGGCCGGUCACAGUUUCUCAGCAACAACCCCUCUCGGCCCAGCAUUGGUAUUUGCAGCAGCGGUGGUGAGGACAGUGACACUGAGGUGUCCUGUGCAUGCAGUCAAGCAAGGGAGGAAGCCUGGGUGAGUGGUUUAGGCUGAAGGACAGUCUGCAGGUCCCUCGGGGUCUGGCCCUCCACCCAGACCCCAUCCCAGUGCACACCGAGGGCCUUCCAGGCUGUAGCAGUGUUUGGCACUGAAGAGAUUAGAGAAGCUUCAGCCUUCCCCUGCCUUCCUACUUCUGGGGCAGAGAGUGCUUUUUUUGUAUGUAGCACAUUGCAGUCACCACAAUCAGGAAAGAGCAUCCUGUUCAUGGUUUAUACUAAAUUUGCAAACUACUGAUAUUAUUUUUCAACAACCACUUGUAUCUACCAUCAACCAUCAGAGGUGGGAAGAGGUACACUGUAUCUCUGCAAUAAAACUUUUGCCAGGUUCUACCUCCUCGAGCAAAGGCUGUUUUCUACGUAGGUGUAGACCUUCCUCCCCAACUAACCUGACGUGGUGCGUCUCGACAGCAUCCUGUGGAACCCAAAGACCAUCCCAAGCAGAAUGGACGCAGACUCUCGGGGUUUUGUUCCCUGCU